AUGACUCUGUAUAUAGAUACAAAGCUAAGCUUUGCUGAUAGUAACAUUGUUACUACUUUAAGCUCUUGGCAUCCAUCUCUUCCAUUAUUAGCUGUCGGAUCUUACAACCAAGAAAAAGGAGGAGUCGCAACUAUUUUUAAUGACAGUGGUCUCGCCUUAGAGGGUUGUGAAUGGCCAGUACUUCUGUCAAAUCAAGUAACCGCCUUAGCCUGGCAUCCUAUAAGGAAGUUAUUAGUAGUGGGAUGGGAUGGGGGUGAGCUAUACAUAUGGUUGGAGUACUCUUGGGCACGAUUAGAAGCACCUCAUAAUGCUGCGUUAACAACAGUAACAUUUAGUUUAGGUGGUGGUCGACUACUUGCCUCUGAUGCUGCGGGCUCUCUUUCAGGAUGGCAAGUUAACUCUGGAGCUCCUUUAACAGCAUUUCACCAUCAGCUUGGUGAUAUUAUUACACAUUUAAAAUUUUGUGCCCCAAAUCAAACAUCUGAAUCAUCAAUUAGAGGUUUAGCCCGAGCUGCUGUUGCUGGUGAUGAAAAUGCAUUGGACACCCUUGCUGCAUGGAGACCACGUACCACAGCAAAAGUACGGGAAGGUAUGCAACCUGACAAUCAUGCCUGUUAUGCAGCUCAAGACAAUGGUGUGAUUUUAUAUAUUGACCAUACGGGAGCAUGUUCAGAAGUACUCAAUGCUCCUGGUAGCAUUGUUUUUUUGAAUAUUGUUAGUAAUAUAUAUCUUCUUGUAGCUUGGGAAACAGGUGGUGCUCUAAGCUUAUCCAGAUUUAUAAUAUCUAGCGACGGUUCAUUGACUACAGAUACUCAUGUGAGAAUGACCGCAAAAAACAGUCAAUGCAUAGUACUCGCAGGAAAUUGUUGCAUGGGUGUCAUUACAGGAGAUAAUUUAAUAAGAAUAUGGGACAGUGAAACUGGUGAUAAUGAUGUUUUACCUAAUGAAGGGGAUGAAACUGUUGCAGGAGAUAUAUUUACAAGCAUUAGUUAUUGUAAUCUAAGUGAUACAUUAUGUUGUGGAACAUCUCAAGGAAAUUUGUAUCUUUGGAGACGGGAUCAUAGAAGUAAAUGGAAAUUAAUAAGUAGAACUUCUGUAAAAGGCACCAUAAAGGAAGUAACUUGGGGCUCAGAGGGGUUGAUGAACCCAUUACUUUAUGUAAACUGUAUUACAAAUGCAUUUAUUCUUCGUGAGCAUCAUGUAUGCUGGGGCUAUACGAAUAACAUUUGGAUGGUGCAAAAAUCAGCUCAUGAAAUAGCCAUAACUGAAAAAUCAAUCUCAUCAAGCAUUAACAGCUCAAUCACAAUAAAAGCAUUUGCUUUUAAGGAUAACUAUGUUGUGAUUGGUAAUGGAAAUGAUGUACAAGUCUGGAUGCGCAAUAAAGAGGGUGAAGCGAAGUUUACUCUAAUUCGUACAUUUGAAUGGAAAACAGAUGUCUUGCUACUUUACAAUGAAGUUAUAGUUGGGGUUGUAAGAUCACACAUUGAGUGUUAUACCAUUACUGGCAGUAAAAUAGGAAUUCUUCCAAGUACGGAAAACGAGGGUGAACCAAUUGUUGUAACAAAUACAAACAAGUUUAUUAUAAUAGCUACUAUUGAUGGAACAUUGAAACUUGCGGAAAUUACUAAGAAGGGCUUUAGAAUGCCAUACCCAUCAAAAAAUUGCUAUCAAUCUAUUGAAGAUUUCGGUGAAAUUAUGAGAGCUUCAGUAAAUGCUUCUGGUCAUUAUAUAUGCUUGAGUAUAGCUAAUGCUGGACUUGCGCCUGAUCCAAAACUAUACCUGUGGGAUGUUGCAAAUGAUGUUAUUACGACGACACUUUUAGCAGAUUCCAAAUCACCUCCAUAUCAAAAUGUGCCUAUCGCAAUAUUGUGGGAUAGUAAUGAUCCUAGGCUUGUCGCUGUUCACAUACGUUCUGCAGAAUCAGAUCACAUCCAUUUAUUUUUUUGUCACGAAAGUAAACUAUUUGAAUAUAAAAAUUGGUGCUCUAACUCAGAGGAAUAUUUUGUAAUGGAUUUUAUAUUUUGCUCUUUGGUUUCUCCUUAUGUGGUUAUUUUGUCACAACAAAAUAUAAAAAGAAUACUGUUACGCGAAUUUAAGGAGAUACUUGACUUAGAUCAUAAUAAAAUUAAGCAAGUUUUAAAUUUUCUUUUCUAUAUGACAAUUGGCCAUUUAGAAAAAGCUGUCGUAAUAGGUACUAAUAUUUCGGGAAAUAAGAAUUCGGUAGUGUGGGAAAGCUUAGCUAAAGUAUGUGUAUCCCUUAAACGUGCAGAUAUUGGCGCUGUUUGUUUAAGUAAAAUGGGAAAUAUAAAAGGUGCACUAAUGAUGCGUAAAGCAUUGAACGAUGAUACUCUGGAUACUAUUUCUAAGGUUGGAGUUUUAGCAGUUAACUUGGGUAUGAUUGAUGAAGCCGAAACGAUGUUUCGUGAAUCACAAAGGCCUGAUCUUAUCACUCGCUUGAAAUCGGCAAAAGAAGGAGGACUAAGUGAAAUUAUUCAAGGUGACACGGAAAGCGAAAAUGUCCUUCUUGUAAAAAGCGCUCAACAUAGACUUGCUAAGAUAUUGUGGGCAAAUGGGGAAACUGCAGCUUCGUUUAAAUUAUUCGAAAGUGCUGGUACUUUGGUCCCUCAUGUUCCUAGAACGCUUAUAGCGCAAGGUCAAGCACCGAUGCUUGCUCAGUAUGUAGCGAGUUCAAGCGAUUCCAAUUUGAUAACUUGGUGGGGACAUUAUCUUGAAAGCAUUGGUGAUCUCGAUGGCGCUCUAGAUGCAUAUGCACGGGCUAACGAUUUUGGUGAACAGACAAGACUAUUGUGUCACAUGGAUAGAAUAGAAGAAGCGGAAAAGUUAUGUCAAAAUAAUUCUUCGUCCCUUUACCAAAUGGCGCGCUAUUUAGAAAUGAAAGCUAAUGAAACUGAAAGUGCUGUGAAGUUGUACAUAAAAUGCGGUGCUAUAUCGUCAGCCAUACGCGUGGCGGCUGAGGCCAGCGCCUGGCCGCUAGUGUGGCGCGCGGGCAAUUCUUCUAAGAAGCAUGCUCUGUAUGCUGCUUCUAUUCUAGAAAAUGCAGGUCAAACCGAACAAGCAAUAGCGUUGUAUCAAAAAGCAGAGAAGCCGUACCUAGCCUUGAAGUUGGCUUUAUCAAGCGGGGACACGAACGCCAUGGUCGCGGCCGUGGAGUCUAUAGGCGAGCGAGUGGAUCCCGAGCUGGCGCAGUCGCUGGCGGCGCACCUGCGGGCCGCCGGGCAGCACUCGCACGCCGCCGCGCUCCUGGCCACGGCGGGGAAGUAUGAAGAGGCGCUGGACAUAGUGGAGCAGUCGGCGGCGCCGCUGUCGGAGGAGCUGGGCGAGAGGCUGGCGGCGCCGGCGGGCGCGGCGGGGCGCGACGCGCUGCUGAGGCGCCUCGCCGACCUGCUGGGCGCGCGGGGGCUCUACCACCAGGCGGCGCGCCGGCUUGCGCACGUCGGCGACAAGGCGGGCGCGCUGCGCUGGCUGAUGCGCGCGGGGGACGCGGAGCGGAUCGCCACGUUCGCGGCGGCGACGCGCGACCGGCACGUGCAGCUGCUGGCCGCCGACUACGUGCGGCGCGGCGGCGCGUGGCGGACGCGCCCGCACCUCGCGCGCCACGUGCUGCAGCUGUACGCGCGCGCGCGGGCGCACGCCAAGCUGGCCGCCUUCCACGCGGAGUGCGCCAAGGUGGAGGUCGACGACUACGAGAACUAUGAAAAGGCAUUAGACGCACUGAAGGAGGCAACACGUUGUAUUACCAAAUCUUCAGACCCCGAAAUGGGUACUCAAAUGAUAGCUAUUCAAGAACAAAUAACAUUCGUCAAACGUUUCAUUGAAAUAAGGAACUUAUUACAAAGUGGGAAUAUAAAUGCAGGUGUAUCCAGUGGUCAAAAUUUGAUACAUGAUGUGAGCGGACGACCAGGACUUAUAACUGAAGAAAAUAUUCUUAAAUUACUGUUGCAAUAUUCCGCCGAUAAUCCAGACGUCGAAAAAUUAGUAAUACAACUUAAGGCCUUACAAAAGCCCUCACAGGAAGAUAAUACUUCACAGGAAUCACCUGAUCAAAGCGUGGAAGAAGUUAUUUAGUAAAAGUCCAAGUACUAAUAAAUUAUUUGGCAAUUAAUGGUAAACUGAACUGUGAAAGACGAUGGUAUUUAAUUGGUCGUCAAAUGUAUAACUGCAAUAAAUUUAUUUUUACUAUCAGUAUGUUGUUAAAAAUGUAUUAUCAUUAUAUUAUAUUAAAUGUAUGUAUUAUUGUAAAUAUAUGAAUUGAAUAGGGUUGCUUAGCGACAA